CAGCGGCGGUUGGAGAGCAACGAGAGGGAGAGGCAUCGAAUGCAUCUGCUGAACGACGCAUUUCAAGAACUCAGAGAAGUCAUUCCACACGUCAGGAGUGGCAGGAAACUCUCGAAAAUUGAAACGUUGACACUCGCUAGAAAUUUCAUCAAAGCACUGACGAACGUCGUU